CUGAAACAGAGAAGACGGAGAAGGGGCGCUUUUACGGGAUUCGAACGCGCGACGUCUUUGCCAGGACAGCGUGGCUCUGCCACCUUCCUCCUUUCGAUUUUCUCGUGGUUUUUUAAUGUAAAAUUCUCGUUCAUUAUUCUCUCUCCCUCCCCUCUCUUUCUCUGGCGUGGGGUCGACAGCGCUGCGGACAAUCCGAGUCCUCCUGUGUGAAUUUCGUCAAAGGGGCUUGUGGGGAGGUGUCGCCAUGGUUGUUGCUGGUCUGUGUGUUGGGGAAUAGCGCUUUGAAGAUUUGGGCUCUUGGGUAAAGCCGUAUCUGGUCUGUCCUUAUUGUGGGGAGAGGGAUGGAAGAGGUGGAGGAAGCAAACAGGGCAGCAGUGGAGUGCUGCCAUAGAUUGAUAGCCGUGUUGGCCCAACCCCAAGAGUCGCUGGAGUGGAAGGGUGUGAUGGGUCUGACUGGUGAGGCCCUCAUGAAGUUCAGGAAAGUGGUCUCCCUCCUCAACCACAAGAUGGGCCAUGCAAGGUUCAGGAGGGGCACUACCCAGUCCCCUUCCAGGCAGAGGAUAUGCAUGGAGAAUCCCAAGCUCAGCAUGGAUGCAGCUGCGCCCAGGGUCUACUCUGAGCCUGCACAGUUCCUUCCCCACCCACAGGCACCAAAUCCUCACCUACAGUUUCUUCAGCAGAUGAAGCUCCAGGCUGAUCUCAUGUACAGAAGGAGCAACAGCAGCAUAAACCUGAAGUUUGACAACUCUAGCUGCACGCCGACUAUGUCAUCAACCAGGUCCUUCAUGUCAUCCCUCAGCAUGGAUGGCAGUGUUGCUAAUAUGGAUGGCAAGGGUUUUUGCCUCAUCGGCGCAGCAUCGUCGCAGGAUCGGGUCAGCCACCAGCAGAAGAGGAAGUGCUCUGGCAAGGGAGAAGAUGGUGCUGGCAGUGGCAAAUGUGGUGCUAGUGGAAGGUGUCACUGCUCAAAGAGGAGGAAGCUGAGGGUUAAGAGAUCCAUCAAGGUUCCUGCUAUAAGCAACAAACUUGCUGAUAUCCCUCCUGAUGAGUAUUCAUGGAGGAAAUACGGCCAGAAGCCAAUCAAAGGUUCCCCUCAUCCAAGGGGCUAUUACAAGUGUAGCAGCAUGAGGGGCUGCCCUGCAAGAAAGCAUGUGGAGAGAUGCUUGGAAGACCCAUCAAUGCUGAUCGUCACCUAUGAGGGUGAACACAACCACUCAAGGUUAUUGUCUCAAUCUGCUCAUGCGUAACGCUUUAUCAGACGCCAGUUGGAUCAGGUCGAGGGUCGUGCUUUCUGGUUCACAAUGGGUGAUGCUUGACCUUUUUUGUACAUAAUAUGUAUUGUUCAAGCAUGCAAACGAUGUAUCGGAGAGAUUUGUGGGGAAUUUUGGAGCCGUGGAACCUUUUCAACAAGGAGAUAGAUAGCUGGAGGGCUAUUAUUCAAUUUUAGUAAGAAAGACGUGAGAAUUCUUUCGUGGUGGCAGCAUAUCUCGAUCGGGAAAAUGUACAAGCUCAAUAUGAAUAGCUUUGUGAAGCUCUAUGAUCUUACCUUUCUAAUAUUCAACAACGUGUUUCAUCGUAUUAUGUCAAAUUCAUGGAGCUCGUAUAGCGUGAAAUCUAAUUGAAAAGGGGUUCUUUUCAUGGUAGAAA